AUGGAGAGGGUCAGUGAGUGCGCACAAUCUUCUUUGUUCAAGUCCAACAGCAGCCCAGGACUCACAUUUGACCGCAAAAACCUUCUCGGUGUUACCGUUUCCAGCUCUCUCUCUCUCUCUCUCUCUCUCUCUCUCCGCCGAUUCUCGAUAGUUAGAGCUGCAAGACUCCAGCUCAAACCCUCCCAGUUGCAAUCGUUCAAAGAGCAUAUAAAUUGCGUAGUUCAUCCGGACUAUCAUUGGUCAUCACCAGAGUGUCCACUUAAAACUGAUUCUCCAUCAUACGUCUACAAGGAUCUAAAGGAAAUUGAGCAGCAUGCUGGCGGAGAACGCAACUCAUAUGAAAGGGCUAGGCGUGAAUCCGAAAAUAAUUGUAGUAUACCUGAAACAACGCAGCCUGUCGUUGUUUUUCAGGAAGAAACAGAGCCUGUUAUUAUCGGCCUCCAGCUCCAGGCGGAUCAGGCGGAUCAGGCCUUCCUGAUAUCCGCCAGCAGAGCGUGA